AUUUUAUUCGACUAUAUUGUUUCGAGACAAUUCGGUCAGUGAUAGUCGUGAAAUCAAUAGGCCUGCGAGACCGUUAACGCACGGCCAUAAAAACUAUUAAUUAGACAAUUAUUGUUCCUUUUUCAACUGGUCAUAUGACUGACACUAAAUGAGUUCAACAGAACAACAAAUAAAAUAUAGUGAAGUGAGUCCUUUUGAAAUUGAUAACGGACGAAGAAGUAGAAUGGAACCUGUGAAAAAGUCACGUAUUUAUUUUGUUGCCGUUUGUGCGAACUUAUCUAGUUUUGCAAUUGGAACAUGUCUCGGUUGGACAUCACCAAUUAUGCCAAAAUUGGAACAGGCCACAUCAGACAGUCCAUUAACGGAAAAAAUUGAUCAAGAAGAAAAUGCUUGGAUCUCAUCUUUGAUUGCUAUUGGUGCUUUAAUUGCUCCAUUUGUUGCUGGACCUUUGGCUGAUAUGAUUGGGCGAAAAUGGACAAUGAUAUCCAGUUCGGUUUUCUUUGUACUUGCUUAUGUCCUUAUGAUGAUUGGAGGAAGUGUUGGAAUGAUUUUUGCUGCUCGAUUGAUUCAGGGCUUCGGAGUCGGGUUCAUCAUGACGGUACAACCAAUGUAUGUUGGUGAAAUUGCAACAGAUGAUUCCCGUGGUGCGUUAGGAUCUUUCAUGCAGCUGUUUAUUGUCGGUGGAAUCCUUUAUGUCUAUGCUAUUGGUCCAUAUGUCAGUUACAUGGCAUUGCAGUGGUGUUGUAUUGUGAUUCCAGUUAUUUUCUCCGUUAUUUUCUUCUUCCUGCCAGAGAGUCCAUAUUACUUUGCUGGCAAAGGUCAAAAGAGCAAUGCCAUCAAGGCUUUGCAAUUUCUUCGUGGACAAAGUGCCGAAGGAGUUCAGGAUGAAAUGAAUCUCAUCCAAACUACUGUUGAUGAAUCUAUUGCCAAUAAGGGUUCAGUUGCUGAUAUUAUCAAGAACAAGGGCAACCGAAAGGCUUUGCUUAUUUGUGCUGGUCUCAUUUCAUUCCAACAAUUGUCCGGUAUCAACGUUGUACUCUUCAACAGUCAGACAAUCUUCAUCAAAGCCAACACCGGUUUGGAUCCUGCUAUUGCAACCAUUAUUGUUGGAUGUGUCCAAGUUGGGUCAAGUGGUAUCACUCCAAUUAUUGCUGAUCGAUUGGGUCGUAAAAUUAUUCUGUUGGUUUCGGCGGGUGUCAUGUGUAUUGCACUGGUCGCAUUGGGCGUUUUCUUCUAUGUACAAAUCAAUGGAGAUCCAGCUCCAAUUUUAUGGCUUCCAGUUCCAGCUUUGAUUUUGUUCAACAUUGUUUAUUGUGUUGGAUUUGGUCCAUUGCCAUGGGCUGUAUUGGGUGAAAUGUUCCCAACAAAUGUUAAAUCAAUUGCUUCGUCACUUGUUGCAUCAACUUGUUGGAUAUUUGGAUUCCUUAUUACUCGGUUUUAUCCAGCUCUCGAUGCUUUAGGACCGUAUUAUGCUUUUUGGCUGUUUGGUAUUUUCUGUGGAAUAGCAUUCUUCUUUGUGUUGUUUGUUGUAAUGGAAACUAAGGGUAUGAGUUUGCAACAAAUUCAAGACAAACUCAAUGGAAAAUAAUAAGUUUAUUAUUGUUAAGCUAAAUUUGUAUUGAAGUUUAUAGUAUAAGUUUUGAGACCUAUUGUAUGCUAAAAUUUGGCUAUAUUUUUGUUCAUAAAUUUAGUUUUGUUCAAAAAAAUGUUUUAAAAAAUUAUAGAUUUUAAGUUGGAUAAAGUUGUUUGUGACUGUUUUCAAUAAUUGAAUUGUGGUCAAUAAUAAAAAAAAUGUGAUCGAAAAAUA